AUGUUCAAGAGGCUCACACAGACCCGCUGGGAGGCCGCGGCGCAGACUCUGGAGGAAGUUGUGUCCGUCGUGGAGGCCCGGCUGCCCGAGUUCUCGGAACUGAGGGAGUGUUUGCAGGAGGGAAGUGUGGCUCCGUGGGGAGGGCUCAUGGCCCUGCCUCUGCUCAUGGAGCUGGUCCACGUGCACCUGGUGAAGGAGUACAUCGUGUGGCACAGCAAGUGGCGCCUGGUCCCCAGGACUGCGGAGCAGCAGCAGACACAUGGCCGGGCAGGUCCUGGCCAACGCCAACCUCAUCGAGCGCUUCUGCACUCAGCACGGCUCCCCAGCCACCUGGCUGCAGCCCGCCCUCUCGACACUCGCCGAGAUCAUCCGCCUGCAGGACCCCAGUGCCAUCAAGAUCGAGGUGGCCACCUAUGCCACCCUGUACCCUGACUUCAG